GGUUGCCAUGGGGACCUGGAUGCUGACGAAGGCUCGCGAGGCUGUGAGCAGCCACAGUGCCCUGCUCAGAAGCCCCAAGCUCGUCAGUCAAGCCGGUUCUCCAUUUGCACUCAGGAGCACAGGCAGGCGAGUGGCCCCUAGUUCUGGGAGCAGAGCAUCAGCAUCCCAGUCCUAGUCCCCAGCCUAAAGCCUCGCCUGCCUGCCCAGUGCCAGGAUGGCUACCAUCACCUGCACCCGAUUCACAGAAGAGUACCAGCUCUUUGAGGAACUGGGAAAGGGAGCCUUCUCAGUGGUGCGCAGGUGUGUGAAGGUGCUGGCUGGCCAGGAGUAUGCUGCCAAGAUUAUCAACACCAAGAAGCUCUCAGCAAGAGAUCACCAGAAGCUGGAGCGUGAGGCCCGCAUCUGCCGCUUGUUGAAGCACCCCAAUAUCGUCCGACUCCAUGACAGCAUCUCCGAGGAGGGGCACCACUACCUUAUCUUCGAUCUGGUCACUGGUGGGGAGCUGUUUGAAGAUAUUGUGGCCCGGGAGUAUUACAGUGAGGCUGAUGCCAGCCACUGUAUCCAACAGAUCCUGGAGGCUGUGCUGCACUGUCACCAGAUGGGGGUGGUGCAUCGUGACCUGAAGCCUGAGAAUCUGUUGCUGGCCUCGAAGCUCAAGGGUGCGGCUGUGAAGCUGGCAGACUUUGGCCUGGCCAUAGAGGUUGAGGGGGAGCAGCAGGCAUGGUUUGGGUUCGCAGGGACUCCUGGAUACCUCUCCCCAGAAGUGUUGCGGAAGGACCCGUACGGGAAGCCUGUGGACCUGUGGGCCUGUGGCGUCAUCCUGUAUAUCUUGCUGGUUGGGUAUCCCCCAUUCUGGGACGAGGACCAGCACCGCCUGUACCAGCAGAUCAAAGCUGGUGCCUAUGAUUUUCCAUCACCAGAAUGGGACACUGUCACCCCGGAAGCCAAGGAUCUGAUCAAUAAGAUGCUGACCAUCAACCCAUCCAAACGCAUUACGGCAGCCGAGGCUCUCAAGCACCCAUGGAUCUCGCAUCGCUCCACCGUGGCCUCCUGCAUGCACAGACAGGAGACCGUGGACUGCCUGAAGAAGUUCAACGCCCGGAGAAAACUGAAGGGAGCCAUCCUCACCACCAUGCUGGCCACCAGGAACUUCUCCGGAGGGAAGAGCGGAGGAAACAAGAAGAACGAUGGUGUGAAGAAAAGAAAGUCCAGUUCCAGCGUUCAGUUAAUGGAAUCCUCUGAGAGCACCAACACCACCAUCGAGGACGAAGACACCAAAGUGCGCAAACAGGAAAUUAUCAAAGUGACAGAGCAGCUGAUCGAAGCCAUAAGCAAUGGAGACUUUGAAUCCUACACGAAGAUGUGCGACCCUGGGAUGACAGCCUUUGAACCGGAGGCCCUGGGGAACCUGGUCGAGGGCCUGGACUUUCAUCGAUUCUAUUUUGAAAACCUGUGGUCCCGGAACAGCAAGCCCGUGCACACCACUAUCCUGAACCCUCACAUCCACCUGAUGGGUGAGGAGUCAGCCUGCAUCGCUUACAUCCGCAUCACUCAGUACCUGGAUGCAGGCGGCAUCCCCCGCACGGCCCAGUCGGAGGAGACCCGUGUCUGGCACCGCAGGGAUGGCAAAUGGCAGAUCGUCCACUUCCACAGAUCUGGGGCGCCCUCCGUCCUGCCCCAUUGAAGAACCAGGCCAGGGUCCCUGCGUUCUUGCUUCGCAGAGAUCCGCUCUUUGUCCGUGGAAUGUGGCUGCUGGUUCUCCUUCGGAUUUUGCUGGAAUUCUCCCUGUCAUAUCACUCUACCAUUGCCACCUCUGUACUUGCAUCAUGAACACCUGCUUGUUCACAGAAGCUCUCACGACAUCACAGCAAAUGGCCAGCUCUCCCCGGCUCCACUGCCCAUGCUCUUCCUGCCUGUGGGGACCUUCUUCAGGCUUGAGUACCCAGGGUGCUGGCCCCAGGAACCCCCAACCCGCUACCCACUGUUGUUGGCCUGGCUUAGUUUUGAGGAAGAGGCAGGCAAGUUGUGACAAGGGUCCCUCUCAUCAAUCCCUUCUCUUCUGGGGUUCCCCUGGGAAGCACAGAUAAGCCACUCAGUCUCCAAGCCAACUCCUUAGAGAGACAGAGAGAGGAGCCAGCACCAGGAACUGCUGCUCUCAUCUGCUCCCCUCUGUGCUGGCCUUGCUUUAGAUCAGACCAUCCGUCAUGGAGGAGGGGGUGGGCGCUACCAUCAGGUGCCCCACUCACUGCCUCAGCCCUUCUGUGAAGUUUGUCUCCAGCGUUGACCCACCCACCCUGCCCAAAACAUCUGUCCUUGGAGAAUUCCAGCCUCAUCUGUCUGAGAGGAGAUCUGAAGGUGUUUCAGGGGCAAAGCAAGCAACAUUUAGGUAUCACUUCUACUUGGACGCAUGCCUUUUUACAGCCAAACUUCUGUGUAUUUCGUAAACGGAUUUUGCGUUAACGGACAUUUAUGUGAUAACUAGACCUCUGACGUUAUUGUCAAGAAGAGUCAGAUGGGUUCGGAAGUAGGUGGGAAGAGGAGUGAGGGGAAGUUUUUACCCGGUUCCAGAUUUUUUUUUUUUUUUUUAGGGGUGGGGAAGAGUCUUUUCUGAGGUGGCCUCAGCCUCCAGGGAGCACUGCUUCCUUCCAUUCUGGUCCCCAGGUCAGCUGACAAGAUUUCUUCCAAAGCCAGCAUGACUAACACACAGAGUCAGGUCAGGGGAGGCCAUCAGGAUGGGAACAUCCAGACUUGGCAUCUCUGGAACUAGAGACCUCACUACCCUACUUCGCAGGAAAUCUUUUUCUCUGUGCUCCCCUCCCCACUCCAGCCCCACAAACUACCUUCUGGACACGAUAUCCUCAUUGCCCCUCUCAACUUGGCCAAACAAGAGUGGCAGAAACUUAUUUUCCUACUUCAUGCUAUACUUGGGCUGGUGUGAGCUUGCCUGCUUGCCCAGCCUCCUCCUCUCCCUCCCCCCCACUUCCUCCCUCUCCCCUCUCCCUCCCUUUCUCUUUCUCUUUCUCUUCCUCUCUCUCCCUCUUCCUGGGUUUGGCUCUUACAUGGAAUGCUGUGUCUCAUCCACGGGGAUCUCCUGUCUGCACUGUUUUCUUUGCAUGACUUUAUAUGCAGUAAGUAUGUUGAAAACAAAAAACAAAAAAACAAAAAAAAAAAGAAAAACACUCAGCAAAAUCAAAUGACACGUUUUGGACAAAAUACUAAUAACACUCGAGGCUAUAUUCUCAGUGUCCAACUUGGAAUUCCGUUGCUGCCUCUCCGUGCUUUUGGUCUCUGUGUGGCUGUGUUUUGCCAGCAUGAGACCCUGUCCCCUCUGGAGGUUUCUAGGGGAGGAAGAGCCAUGUGUCCAGGGGCUGGAGACAGCUUUGUCCUCUCGGCUUUUCUGAGGGUCGAUUGGAGCAGAAGUGGAAGGGGUGUUUAACCCAGAGCUUUCUGGUAUCCCCUUCCCCCUACAUAGUGAGCUAUAUGCUGGGCUCUUCUCUCAAAUCCUGCUGCCCAGAGACAAGCACAGGGUAGAAGAGUGGCUCUCUUGUCUAAGCCACUCCACUAUAGCCUCUGCCCUUGGUAGAGACACUGCUACCCAGGCCCAAGAAUGGGCCCUUGUCCUGCCCCAGAACAAGGCUUCUUCAUAAGGCUCAGCAAACCCAUUGUCCCCAGCCAGUCCCCAGCUAAAGGUAAAGGAGGGUGUGGCCUUUACCAGGGGACACUGCAAUUACCAAGCAAGAUCUAAUCCCUUCUUUAAGCCUCAGUUUCUCCAUCAAUGUCCUUACCCAGACUGAUGGAGGGUCAAACUAAAUGAUGUCACAAGCGCAUGCCACCUCUGAGAGCUUGCUGGGUUUGUCACUGGCUGGCCUUCUUAUGCACCAAGCCUGGCCAACCCCCAUCCUUUCCCCUGUGUGCCUCUCAUUUUCCUAUUUGGUGCCAGUCUGUUGAUGACCAGCAAUGGACUGCAGGGGAAAGACGUUUGGGGGCUUUGAUCCCGGGUUCUGACCAGAUGGGCUGUGUGGCUUUGGGUGAGUCUUUUUCCCUCUUUGGGCCUUAGUUCCCCCAACCAGAAGAUGCCUAUGCCCUACCUUUCGUUGGCUAACAUGCCCCUGCCCACUGUGUGCUUGUCCACAUGUGGGAGAAGUGGAGGCAGGUCCCUGCCCCAGUCUGAGACGGCCCCCUCUGCAGAGGCUGCUCCUGUGGGUGGGCAGCCAACUAAUGUAGACCUUGGGACACUACAAUGGCCCCAAUGUGGCAGGCAGGGGAACUGGCAGAAAAACGGCCCAGAGCCCCCACCCCCCUAUCAGAUAAGCUCCAUGCUCCUUCCAAAUACCCUCCAGAUGAAAAGAAAAGAGAGAGAGAGAGAAACAAUCAAGUCACAUUUAUAGGAAAAGCAUCUCCAGCCUUAUGUGCCAUCGCUCAAAUCCUGCCCCAUGGCUUCCCCACCCCCUUCAAAGGGAGAGCCUUGGGGGAAUGCGUUUGCCAGGCCCCGUGCUGGCUUCUUUGUUACUAUUUGUUUAGGGUUUUGUUCUAGUUCUCUCUCUCUUUCUUUCUUUUUUAAUAUGUGGCUGUGAACUUGAAUGACCACUGCUCAAACUUUCUGCUACUGGGGGGUGGGGUGGGGGAGGGAAGAAGAGACGUCUGUUUUAUUCUUGGUGUUUUCAGUGGAAUAAAUAGCUACAAAUUUAUGUGA